AUGGAGCACAUCACCAGCAGCGAGCUCUGGACCCCUUCCGCGCCCAUUACCGCGGCCAUCAAGACCCCUCAUGCCAUCUACUGCUCGGGUCAGCUGCCCGUCGACAAGGACGGCAACUUCUGCCAGGGCACGAUCCAGGAGAAGACCCGGCAGGUCUGCAAGAACCUGCAGACCGUCCUCAAGGCCGCCGGCUCCGACAUGAGCAAGGUCGUCAAGGUCAACAUCUUCCUGGACGACAUGGCCAACUUUGGCGCCAUGAACGAGGAGUACGCCAAGUGGUUCACCCACAAGCCCGCCCGCAGCUGCGUUGCCGUCAAGACGUUGCCCGGGCCCCCGAACUGCAACGUUGAGAUCGAGUGCACUGCUCUCCCCGUUCCUGACUCGAGGGCAAACCGCCAGGCUCGAAAGCCUUGCACAAAGACACGGCUGCAGGCCGCGAUCGAGAAGCCAACUACGAACCUGACCAACGAACCACACAUCAUGUCGUCGCCAGUAAGGAUUGCCGGCAACGAGGGCGAUGCCCCCUCGCAACGCCAAUCCAAGUUCUAUCAACUCAUCAUGACGCCAGUCAUUUUCGUCUCCUUCCUCUUCUCGCUGGCCCUCGUCGAGCUCCGGUACACCGUCCUGCGAUCCCACUUGCACUCCGAGUCGCCGCGCCACAAGAGCCGCCUGCCGGCGUGGCUGCACCGGAUCGUCUACCGGGAGCAACCCUACCGGUACGUGCGAGUCGCCAAGGACGGCGGCGGCGGGAGGCCGGCACGGGCUUCGCGGGACGGCGAGGAGAACGGGGGCGGCCGCUGGUAUUACCACAGCAAGCAGAAGAAGCUGCUCAGGAUGGAGGUGUCGGACGCCUUUGAGAUCCGCAACACCGUCCUCGUCGCCCUCGGGCUGCUCGGGGCCGGCGCGGCGUGUGCUGCCAUGGGACUUCCCUGGCGCGAGUUCACCCUCGUCUCUGGCGUCGCGGCCUACUUUUUGGCCUGGCGUCACGAGACCGGCACGAAAGGCAGUGUCGUCGCAACCUUUUCCCUCUCUUGGACAUUGUUAUUCACCGGGUGGGCGAUAUGGACCGUCUUCCUGUAUCCCAAGCUCUUCUCGCCGCUGCGCGAUCUUCCAGAGCCCAAGAACGUAUCUUGGUGGAACGGCCAGUACCCCAGGAUAGCCAAGGAGACAAGCGGUGCUCCGGCGAGGGAAUGGAUCAAUACGGUCCCCAAUGACGGCCUGAUUCGGUACCUGGCACUUCUGAACCAAGAGCGUCUGUUCAUCACCUCGCCCAAGGCACUGGCGGAAGUGCUCGUGACUAAGAAUUACGAGUUCACAAAGCCGAAGCAGAUGAGGUUCUUCCUCGCCCGCGUGCUAGGCGAGGGCAUCUUGCUCGCAGAAGGAGACGAGCACAAGUUCCAGAGGAGAAACCUGCUGCCCGCCUUCUCAUUCAGGCACGUCAAGGAUCUCUAUCCCAUAUUCUGGGACAAGGCGAGGGAGAGCAUCGAGGUCAUGACGGAACAAAUCAACGCCGACGCAGCCAAAGACCCUCAGCAGGGAGGACAAGACGCGGAAAAGGGCAGCACGGCAGGGAAGUCGGCAAUCUUAGAAAUCACCAGCUGGGCCUCGCGGCUCACGCUCGACAUCAUCGGCGUCGCCGGGCUGGGCCGCGACUUCGGCUCGCUGCGGGACCCGAGCAACAGGCUCAACGUGGUCUACUCGACCCUCUUCAAGCCCAACAAGCAGGCGCAGCUGCUGGGCCUCGCGGCCGUCUUCCUGCCCGAGUGGGCCGUGGCCAACAUCCCGCUCAAGCGCAACCGCGACAUCUACGCCGCGCGCGCCCACAUCCGCGAGGUCUGCCACAGCCUCGUGCGGGAGAAGAAGGAGCGGCUCGCGCGCAGGGAGCUCGCCGACGUCGACAUCCUCUCCGUCGCGCUCGAGUCGGGCCAGUUCUCCGACGACAACCUCGUCGACCAGCUCAUGACCUUCCUCGCGGCCGGCCACGAGACCACCGCGGCCGCCAUGACCUGGGCCGUCUACAUGCUCUGCGUGCACCCGGACGUCCAGGCCCGCCUGCGGGCCGAGGUGCGCUCGCGCCUGCCCCCCAUCGGCGACGAGGCGGCGCCGGGCAGCAUCUCGAGCCUCGACAUCGACCACAUGCCCUACCUCAACGCCGUGUGCAGCGAGGUCCUGCGCUGCUGGUGCCCCGUGCCCAUGACGCUGCGCGAGGCCGCCCACGACACCUCCAUCCAGGGCCACUUCAUCCCCAAGGGCACGCGCCUCAUGAUCUACCCCUGGGCGCUCAACUACUCGGUCGAGAUGUGGGGGCCCGACGCGCUCAAGUUCGACCCGGAGCGCUGGAUGCCGGGGUCCUCCUCCUCCGGGAGAGGGGACGACAGUAAAGCGUCGGCGGCCAGCGGCGGCGCGGCCAGCAACUACGCCUUCAUGACCUUCCUGCACGGGCCCCGCAGCUGCAUCGGGUCCGGGUUCGCCAGGGCCGAGUUCGCGUGCCUGCUGGCGGCCUGGGUCGGCCGGUUCGCGUUCGCGCUGGGCGACGAGGAGAUGGCCGACGAGAGCAGGCUGGAGAUCAAGGGCGGGGCGACGGCGCGGCCGGCCAAGGGCAUGCCCGUGCGGGUGACGGUGCUGGACGGGUGGUAG